GACCCAUAUGGAACAUUGUUUCAAUGCAUGUUUUGCAGGUACUGUGUUCAUUGUUGCUGAUCAGCAACAUUGUCUCAGCAGCCCCUCAAGUGGCAGAACCAGCAGAACCUGCAGUUGAAGUAGCCACCACUGGCUUGGGUGGAGUUGAAGCUGCAGCAGGAGCUGCAGAAGCUGGUGGAAUACCUGUAGAAGCAGUAGAAACUGGUACCCCUAAUGUUGAGAAAAGAGAAGGAAUCAAGGUAGCAGGGGAGAAGAUAUCAAAGAAGUCAGAUCCAAUCAAGAUCAAGUUUGUCAUCAACCAGCUGGAAGAUGGCAGGCUGAUUGUGGAGUCUCAAGACAACAACAAGCUCAAUGUUGAACUGGAUCCAGUCAAUGGAGUCAUCAAACAUGGACAAGAGGGCCAAGAGCCUGCUGUUGUGAGCACUGAUCCUGUGGCAGAGGAGCCAGCCAUCACCACCAAGACAAGGACUUAUGUGAUCAAGCCGAACAAAAAGGCUGAGCACAGCAGCAGGCCGGUUGUCCACCAGCAGAGACCAUCUUACAAGAGGGAAAGCAAACCAAGAUACUCUCCACCAGCAGCAAGAUACUCUACUUCCCACCACAAACCAACCUAUCCUUCUUAUGGGAAGAUUUAUUCCAAGCCACAGAAAGCGUCCUAUGGUGCAAUUCGCCCACAGAAGGUGUCAUAUGGGGGUUGGAGACCAAUCAAUGCAUAUGGACAACAUGUAGGUCAUCAAUCAUCAGAAUCACAUGAGCACUCACCUCCAGUCUAUGGUGGCUAUGCACCACAUCACACUGUCAAGACAAGUUACCACCAGCCCACUUACAAACUCGUUCAGAGCCACAGAUCAGCUCCAUCAGAAGAAUCAAGGCCAUCUUACCACAAGAAGCAUCAUGUGCGCAGGCCAACUUACUCCCUGCCUAAGGCAUCCAAAUAUAAUGUGCCUGUGUCAAGUGGUUACAAUGUCCCAGAAAAAGCACCAGAGCCUCAGGCAGAACCAGAGCCAGAACCAACAAAGGCAGAAGCAGUUGAGGUGGAAGGAGGAAAUGCUGAAGCAGAAGCCCCUGCUGCAGAAGAAGCAGCUGCAAAAGAAGGAUCUAGUGACUCAUCUGAAUCAAGUUCCACUGAGUCAGAAUCAGAUUCCCACUCUUCUUCAUCUGAAGAAAGCUGUGAGGAUAAAGAGGAUGGAGCUGAGACUGGGGAUGGUGGCAGUUCAGGAUGUUCCAAGUCCCUCUCAGAUGAAUCUACUUACUCUUCCUCAUCCUCUUCUCAAGAAGAAUCAGAGUCAAAGGAACAUAAUCAGUUGUCCAAAAGCAGUGAAGAGUCACAUUCCAAGAAUCACAGGGUCCAGGCUAGGAUUCACAAAUCCAGGCAACCUGUGCAUGUUAAUGUCUACAGGAUCAAGAGUGUGGAAAAGCCAAAGAUCAAAUAUCAACCAGUAAAGAAGCAGUACAAGAAAAAGGAAGAAAGUGUUGAAAUAAAAGCAGCAAGUGGAUCUUCUUCCAAGGAACAUGCCAAGUUUUACAUCCCCUCAAACACUGAGAAAAAGGAAGUUGAAGAGGCAGCAGUUGAAGAGGCAGCAGUUGAAGAAAAGGCAGUUGAAGAGGAGGCAGCUGAUGAAAAGGCAGUUGAAAAAGAGGCAGAACUGAAAACUCCUGAACCUGAAGUCAGUGCUGAGGAACCAGCUUUGUCCCUUCCAGAGAUCAAUCUCCGCAUCAUCCCAACCCCAGUACCAGUUGUGUACAGGAGCAGCAAGAAACACAAGAGCUACAACUACAGGGAUGAAGAGUCCCAUGAAAUUGAGUAUCAGGUGCAAAAGCCAGACAGCUACAUACAUGAAACUGUUGUCUAUGGAAAACAUGAAAGUGAAGAGCACAGGCCAAGAUAUGAGAGUGAAGAAUACAGGCCAAAGUAUGUCAGGACUGAGUACAGGCCCAAAUAUGAAAGUGUAGAGUACAGGCCCAAGUAUGAGAGUGUAGAAUACAGGCCAAGAUAUGAAAAGAAGAGCAGACCUGCAUAUGUUGUCAAGGAAUCCAGAGGCAGGUACCAUUCCAGACCCAAGUAUGUGGAAGAAAGACCAGCUGUUAGCCAUGAAGAAUUGGUCAGGUAUGAAGAAGCUUCAGAAGAACACAAAGUGAGUGAGAAAUCUGUUGAAGAGAAAGAAGAAGAAGUGAAGGUUGUUGCUGAACAAGAAAAAGAGGAAGAAGUGAAGGUUGUUUCUGUAGAGGAAAAAGGGGAAGAAGUAAAAGAAACCAAACAGGCAGAAGAGGAGGAAGAAGUGGUUCAUGUAGAAGCUCAUGGUGAAUCAGGACACAGACAAUUGGAGUCUGCAGAACCCAAGGAGAAGCGUGGAAAGGCACAUGGUGGCUCUUACACCUAUAUUCAAACACCAACCUUGGUCAUGCGCACAAAAUUUUGCAAAAACAUCCCAACUUUGCUGCACAAGGCUCAGCGGUAUUCAUCAGAUCCCCUUUGUCCCGGGUUCAUCUCAAUAAUCAUGGCGGCCCAGCGGGUUUCUUUCGGAGGGGGGUUACCCACGAAAUGGGGAAUAUCCCAGGCGUUAGUUCCAAGUCGUUGGCCAGUCAUCGUUGGGCUUCCGAACAACCGCGUCUUUAUCCUGGAUGAAGGCCAUCCACAUCAUGAAGUGGUUGUACAAGUGAGAAAUAAGCUGGGUUAUCAGUUUUACGCAGCGAGUGUGGAUGGAACCAGCACUGGUGACGUGGAAGAGAGGCAUCAUCAUGCCUUCGGUGUGCCCUUUCCCGCGGGAAUCCCCAGACACCUCCGCUGUCUCACCCCCGAGGGAUUCCCUGGCACCUGUCUCACGAUCCCGCAAUGCCGCUUCAUGGAGUUCCAAGUGGGAGUGGCGUCCGAAAGCGGGGACCACAGACUCUGGCGUCACCUGCGCAGUUUCAUGUGUGGCUUCGAACGUCUGGUGCCCAAGAUGUGCUGUCCUCAUCCCGAGGAGCGGUUCUACGAUUUUGAAGACAGGCCGGAAGAACCGUACUUGAGCCAACUGCUGGGAAGCGGUGGGGUCAAGAACAGGCCUCUGAAUGGGGUUCCAAACAUCCCUACUCCUGUGGUGAAUAAGCCCAGACAGGAAGCUGAAUGUGGCCAAAGUCCAUUGCAUGUUAGAAUUGUUGGUGGCAGUGGAGCAGUUGCUGGAGAAUGGCCUUGGGCAGCUGCUGUUGGAAGGAGAGAUGCAAAAGAACGUCGAACUUCGUGGGGAUGUGGAGGAGCGCUAAUUUCCACCAGACAUGUGCUGACUGCGGCCCAUUGUUUGCCCUGGUCAACCGACAACAAAAAGGUUCUCAAAAACGUGGUCAAGGUUCCAAACAUCCCUACUCCUGUGGUGAAUAAGCCCAGACAGGAAGCUGAAUGUGGCCAGAGUCCAUUGCAUGUUAGAAUUGUUGGUGGCAGUGGAGCAGUUGCUGGAGAAUGGCCUUGGGCAGCUGCUGUUGGAAGGAGAGAUGCAAAAGAACGUCGAACUUCGUGGGGAUGUGGAGGAGCGCUAAUUUCCACCAGACAUGUGCUGACUGCGGCCCAUUGUUUGCCCUGGUCAACCGACAUGUUUUUCCAAGAGUUUUUGCACCAGUUCACUCAUUCGUACGUUGUUCGAUUGGGUGACGUGAAUAUUCUGUCAGAAAAGCCUGAUGAUCAGCCUCAGGAUUUUGCUGUUGUACAAGCCAUUCCUCAUGAGGACUACCAAAGGAGGCCCAGUUUUUGGAACGAUAUCGCAGUGUUGAAGAUGGACAGGGACGUUAUUAUCAAUGAUUUCGUCGGACCUGUUUGCUUGCCGGUGACUUCGAGAAGUGCAGAUACUUUGGAUCGAGAGUCAUUCAUUGCCAUUGGCUGGGGAAGUAAUGGUACCAGUGCAACAGUGGACAAUCUGCAAGUUGUGUCCCUACCAAUUGUCCCCAUGGACAGGUGCAAAGCCAGGUAUGACAGUUUUGGCAUUCCUCUGAGAAGCACGCAAAUAUGUGCUGGUGUACAAGGCAAGGACACUUGCAAAGGAGAUUCUGGGGCUCCAACCAUGAUGCUGAAUCCAUCAAGAGCUGCUUUUGAAAUAGUUGGCAUCACUUCUAUAGGCAGUACAGCAUGUGGUGGUGGACUCCCAGGAGUGUAUACCAAAGUGGACGAGUACAUUGACUGGAUACAAAAAGCAUUACUGGCUUGACUUUAGUGUGUGAGAGAUAGUAUUUUUUGAUUGCUGCAUUUUUUGAAUUGUCAUUAUUAUUAUUUUUUUGCUGUCCAUGUUGUGCAAAAUGCCUCAGGGUGAUUUGGACAUUUACAAUGACUUCCAUCCAUUGGUUUCAUCAGAUGUGCUGGACCCUGAUUAUUUUAAUUUGAAUGGGUGCAACUGCUUAUGUGUGUAUUUGUUUGUGUGUGGAUCUGUGGAAAUACCAGUACAAUCAUUUGAGGCAUG